AUGCGUAACAGAAAUAGCAAAUAUGAUGCAUAUUUUUAUAUUUUUGAUGGAACUGCUAAAUGCUUGGGUAAAGACUGCAAUUAUUUUUACAAAUCUAUUUCGUCUUCAUUUCCACGUACAUGUUUACGUGCACAUCUUGAACGUUAUCACAAAGAGUCAUUCCAAAAAUUAAGAGCAGAUGAAGAGCAACAGCAAGAAAAACCUAUAACUAGACCUGUUAGGAAAAGAGUGAAAAAAGAAAAUAAAUCAUCUUCUAAUUUUGAUAGUACUUCUGAAAAUGUUGUUAAUAAUGAUAGGAAUUGGUGUUCUCCAAAUGAUGAAUUAUUAUUAAUGACAGAAAAAGUGGAGGAAGAUGAUGAUGGUUAUAAUUCAAAAUUGGAUGAAGCUAUAAUUAGUUUAAUUUGUACGGCGUCCCUUCCCCUUUCAUUUAUUGAAGAACCUGGACUGAAAAAUCUUUUAAAUAUUCUUGUACCUGAAUAUAAAUUAAGACCCCAACGUUUCUUUUCUUCAUUUGUUUUAAAUAAAUUGUAUUCGAGAAUAAGGCAAAAAGUAAGUGAUGAUAUUCGGACUGAAUUUAUGUCGUUGACUGUUAAUAGUUUAAAAUCAAAUGACGAUUCCUAUACCCUUUUUGUUUUUACUGCUCAUUAUAUUUCUGCAAGUAUGACUCCUUGUUCUCGUGUUUUGGCUGUGGAGCCUGUAAAGGGCGAACAAACAUGUGAAAAUGUCAGUGCUUUACUUAGCAAUGUAUUGAAUGAGUACCGUGUAGAUGCUUUCAAAGUUCAUCUAAUUUUACGAGAAGAAAGUGAUGAUGAUUUAAGAAAGGCGAUUCGUUCGACUGGUUUUGAUUCAAUGCAAUGUUUAACAAUUAAAUUAGAUUUGGUAAUUUUUAAAAGAAAAUUUUAA